AUGAAGCCCAUGACAAAACUGAUACUACUAUUUUUGAUUAUUUCGACUCUAUCUGAUUUUGCAAUGUCUAACUCGGAUGGCACUCCGGAGAUCCAAAAAUCUGAUGCUGAUCCAAACCUCAAGGAACCGGAAGAGAAGCCGGAAGGUUGGAAUGUAGUGAGCCAGUCGCCACCACGUCCGUGCUGGAGAAAUACCGACAAACCAAUUCCACCUGAAGAGCUGGAAAAGGCCGAAAAUGGGAACAAUAAUCAAAAUAAAUCAUUU